AUGUCUACACUACUGGUGAGGAUAACCCUGCUGGUCGUAUGCUACCACCUACCUGUGGAAAGCUCGUACAACUAUUACAACUUUUACCGACAUUACGCCCCAUCCACUGUUGCUUUCACCGUGUCCAAGAACACGAAUCAAGAGUUUAGCGAGACUGGCAAUGUGGAAUUUGACCACGUCCUUACAAACGUGGGUCAGGCCUUCCAGUCAGGCAAGAACGAGAUAAAGAUUCCAACUACCGGCCUGUACUUCUUCGGUUACUUCGCGCCAGGAGAGGAUGCUGGGAAGGGCAACGUGGACUUGGUGAAGAACGGAGAGGUCAUGUUGUCGUCUAUGGGGGUAAACGGUGGUAAAGUGGCCGUGCUAUUCGUCCAGAGAGGUGACAUCAUUACUCUUCAGGCGCGGAAAGGCUCUCUUCUAGUGAGCACAGAAGACAGUCAAAAGGUCGCCUUCACUGGCUACCUCAUCAAGAGAGGUUCCUUCGAUAACAAGUACUAA